AUGUGCCCCGAAUGUCUGCAAGACCUCAAAAAUGUGCCAAAGCUAAUGAAAUUGAUAAGCAAUCUUAAAACAGAGGUAAAUACGCUUAAUGGUAAAGUUGCAUCAUUGGAAUCUAGAAUUGACACAGUGGGGCAAACGGAUGAAAAAGAACAAGUGGCCCAACUUGGGAAAAAGAUUACUGAAGUAAAUGCUCAUGAUACAUGUUACAGGAAUACUGCGACUAAUAGGAAAGAUGAAACUACUGAUGUCAUUAAGCAAUACUUGCAUGAACAAUCGGAACAACUAACAAACAAACUGGAUUCUGUUGUGAGUGCCAUCAAGAGUGCGAAUAAGGAUCUUGUAAGCUUUUUAACCAAAUCAGAUCACUUUCAAGCACAAAAUAAAGCACAACCUAAAAAAGAUGUACUAGUUUUGAAAAACAAUAGUACUGAGGAAAAUAGGGCUUUGAAUAAUGCAGCCUACACUAGAACUAAAAGCUUCAAGUGGAUCAAACUCUGCGUCUGGAGCUAG